AUGGAAGAUGUAACAACUACCAUACCCUUUUCGUCGCUUCGAAAAGAUCUCAAAGUAGGGGAUGAAGUCUGCAUUCUUUCAGGAGACCAUGAAGGUGUUACAGGUUGGGUAGUGAAUGGAGAUGAUGACUAUGUGUGUGUCUUUAAUGACAGGACCGGUACAGAGGUAGAGGUAUCCCCCAAGAUUGUCCAGUUCUUCACCUCCCCCUUUGUCUUUGGAACAGAGUCCUUGGAUUUGAAAGCUCCCUUCACAGAUGCGCAAAAGUGUGUCAUGAAGGGGGACUCUAACAGUCAGCUUGUAGGAAAACAAGUAAUGGUCACCAAGGGGGAUUUUAGAGGUUACUGA